AUGAUGAUGGUCAGGGUCUCGACUGCAUGGAAUCAUUACCACGCUAGAUGCCAAUCGACCCAAGCAGCUCAUCCUGCUUCAGGAUUCCCCGAGACCGAACCCGACUCCGUUGGGCCUCUGGCGGUCCUAUUUGGCCUCGCAUCUCUGCACGCGGCAGGACUCGCUCUCGCGCGGCUCAAGCAGAGGCUGCCAGAUGCACCUCGGAACAAAGCAUGGCUGCCCGACGAUAUCCUGUAUGAGGUCUUCUCCUACCUCGAUCCAGCAGACGCUGCCCAGGCAGGACUCGUUUGUGCGCAGUGGCACCGGAACGCCGCACAGGCAUCCUACAGGGAGGUUUCCCUCCAUACCUCCUCACGCUUCUCGCGCUCGCUUGCCCGUACCCUCCUGAACAACCCGCGCCUCCGCCGCUACGUGCGCCAUCUGGCCGUUGUCCACUGCGCACCAAUGCCCCAGGAGCACCUAUACGAGUGGGUAUAUCUCCUGCCGCCCUUCUCGUUGAAGGCUUUCCGUAUCUUCGGCCUCCCCGAGCCCACCGAGAAGCUGCGGAGCGCUGUUGUGGUCGGUACAACACCUAUAACGGAGAUCGCACUGUUCGGGUAUAAAUUCUCUCAGGAGGUCCUGCUCGAAGGCAACUCAUCAGUGGACGACCCCGCGCGGAGGCGAUGGUUGAUCGGAAUGCUCGGCGAGGGCUGGCAGCUGGGCGAAUUCCUCCGUGUGGGAUCGUCUGCCAAUGAGAGGCUGUUGAGCAGGACCUCUUUGGAGUAUUGA